AGUAUCUACUUUAGUAAAAUAGAAUUGAGCGUCGUGUUAAUGGUGAUAUUGAUAUAAAAUAAUUAUUUUAUGUUUCUAUGUCGUUUCUUUAUAUAUAUUCGCUUAUUAAAUACUAUUUUUUUUUAAUAUUAAUGUGCAGUAUGUGAAAAGUUAAACGUUUUAAUCCAAUUUGAUUGUGUUCAUCAAUCAAAUCGUUAAAUAUCGAUAGAAUUAAAGUUGGCAACAAUGGGUACCAAUCUAGAAGAAAAGGAAGUGAGGUAACGUUAGUAGGAACGAUACUUAGAAGAUGGAGCCAUGUUUAGUGUUUGUAAAGAUGUGACAACGCGCGCGGUUUUUGUAAAAGUAAACGUUUUUAUAGUGAAAAGUGAAUAACUAUAACAACAUUUACUUGUAAAUUCAAUUGUUAAUAUUUAUAAUAACAACAAAAGUACGUUGAUUAGUGCAAGUGAAUUAAAUUAUAACAAAUGGACAGUAGCUGGUAGCGUCAUACAACAUGGCGAUAUAAUGGUAUUUGCUUCUAAAACAGCAGAAGUUUUAACCUAUCACCAAAUAGAGAUCCCAUCGAUUGUACCGAAAGAGGGAUGGUUUGAACAAGACGCUUUAAUUAUACUUCAAAUAGUUAAAGAAACGAUAGCAGCAACUUGCGAUAAUUUAGAAAAACUUAAUAUAGAUUACGCAGAUAUUGCAAGUAUUGGAAUAACCAACCAAAGGGAAACAACAGUUUUAUGGGAUCCCAUAACCGGAUUACCACUUUAUAAUGCCAUCGUAUGGAUGGACGUUAGGACUUCGUCUACCGUCGACGAAAUCUUACAAAAUGGUAAACGUAAACAAGAUUUUUUACAAAACAUUUGCGGUCUCCCAGUUAGUACUUACUUUAGUGCCCUUAAAAUAAAAUGGCUAAUGGAUAAUGUACCGAAUGUAAAAAAAGCAAUAGAAGAGGAAAGGUGUUUAUUCGGAAAUAUCGACAGUUGGUUAGUUUGGAAUAUGACCGGAGGUCCGGACGGCGGUAUCCAUAUCACAGAUCCGACAAAUGCUUCUAGAACUAUGCUAAUGAAUAUCGAAACUCUACAAUGGGAUAAAAGAUUGUGCGACAUUUUUGGUAUUCCGAUGAAUAUUUUACCAGAAAUACGAAGUUCUUCAGAAAUAUAUGCGGUGAUUGUGAUGGAUUCUCUUCUAGAUGGAGUACCAAUAGCUGGUAUUUUAGGUGACCAACAAGCUGCUUUAGUAGGUCAAAUGUGCUUUAAAUCCGGUCAAGCUAAAAGUACUUAUGGUACAGGGUGUUUUAUUUUAUAUAAUACAGGACAUUCGAUUGUUAAAUCGAAAAAUGGACUACUUACGACUGUUGCUUAUCAAUUUGGACCAAAAACAAAACCUGUUUACGCUCUAGAAGGUUCAGUAGCUAUAGCAGGUAUAGCAAUUAAAUGGUUAAGGGAUAAUUUACAGUUGUUUAAAGACGUAUCUGAAACUACUGAAUUAGCUCUUUCAGUCGAUUCCGAUAGUAAAGGUGGCGAAAUUGUUUUCGUUCCUGCUUUUUCCGGUUUGUACGCACCUUAUUGGAGAAAAGAUGCCAGGAGUGUAAUAUGUGGACUUACUGAAGAAACUAAACCGGGGCAUUUGGUAAAAGCUGCUUUGGAAGCUGUGUGCUUUCAAGUUAGAGAUGUAUUGGAAGCGAUGUCUUCUGAUUGUAGAUACCCGUUACAAAAACUAUUGGUCGACGGUGGGAUGACUGUUAAUGAAUAUCUUAUGCAGAUGCAGGCUGAUUAUUGCGGUAUUCCGGUAGUUAGACCCACAAUGGCCGAAACGACGUCAUUAGGAGCCGCAAUAGUUGCCGGUAUAGCUGAAGGUAUUGAAGUAUGGGAAAUAGAUAAAAUCCUACCUGUACCAUGUGAUACUUACAUUCCAAGGAUUUCUGUUGACAUGAGGGAUAUAAAACAUGCACAAUGGAAACGCGCCAUUGAAAGAUCUUUAGGAUGGGCCACUACAGAUACAUCAAAAGACAGUUACAAAGGGAGGAUAGCGGCCGCUGUACCUGCUGGACUGUUUCUUAUUGGAGUAGCCGUUAUUAUUAUAGUGUCGGAAAUUUUGCAGAAACCUUCUUAAAUUCGAUCAAUCGAAUUUUUUUUAAAUAAUUCGCAUUUAUGAUUAUUUGUUUUGGGUUGUAUUGGUACGGGUUGUUUGGUUUUGUUCAACUGUGAUUUUAAUUUAGUUUCAUUUAAUUAGGUGAUAAAUUAGUUAACUAUGUUACUGUGAUUAUAGAAAUAAUUAAUAAAAUGAACCAAAAAGAAA